AUGGCAAAACCAGAAGUUGGGUCUGCAUCCUAUUUGAAUAAGCAGAUGAAGAUCAGAGGCUUACAGAAACUGAAAUUUUAUUGUCAGUUAUGUGAGAAGCAAUGUAGAGAUGAUAAUGGAUUCAAAUUGCAUAUAAAGUCACCACACCAUUUAAAAAAAAUAUCCACUGUGACUAAGAAAGAUAUAGAAGGGUUUUCAAAAUCAUUUGAAGAAAGUUUCUUAAAGUUGUUAAGGAACAAUCAUGGUGAAAAAAAAAUCAGUGCCAAUAAAUUUUAUAAUGAAUUUAUUCAAGAUAAACAUCAUAUACACAUGAAUGCAACAGAAUUUACUUCUUUAAAUAAAUUUUUACAACAUUUAAGUAAAACUGGGAAAAUUAGGGUCCAUGGGAUUGAUGAACUAGCAACAAACAGUGAUAGAAUUGAUCUAGGUCAAGCAAUGAUCAGUUAUAUCGAUAAUAGUUAUGAGACAUUGCUAAGGAAGGAAAGGUUGGAUGAAUUAAUUCAGAAUAAAAAGUUAGAACAAAAUUUGGCUCAAAAAGUUCUUAUGAAACAAAUAGCUGAAGGUAUUGACAAUGCUAAGUCUGGAGAGGAUACUCAGGAAUCAACAGAGACAAUAAUAUCGAAUGAAGACCAAGAUACGAAUAUGGAAUGUGUUCCUAUAACAUUUAAUAUAAAAACUAAGAAGGUCAAUAAACCUAAAACCAAGAAAUCGAAGAAAAAUGUCUUUGGGAAGAAAUGA